AUGGUUGUGAGAUCGCUUGACAUACAUAAAGAUCCAUUUCGACCUCAAGAAAAUGAUGAAAAGUUUCUUGGCGAUGAAACUCCAUACCUUAGUGCUAUUGGGGCACUAAUGUAUCUUGCCAAUAAUACUCGACCAGAUAUCUGUUUUGCAGUAAGUUUAUUGCCAAGAUUCAGCUCGUCCCCAACAAAGAGACAUUGGAAUGGAGUCAAGCAUAUACUCAGUUAUCUUCAAGGAACCAUUGAUAUAGGAUUAUUCUAUUCUAAUAAAUCCAAGUCAGAAAUGAUUGGUUAUGCAGAUGCUGGAUAUUUGUCUGAUCCACAUAAAGCUCGAUCUCAGACAGGCUAUUUAUUUACAUAUGGAGGCACACCUAUAUCUUGGCGUUCAAUGAAGCAGACAUUAGUUGCUACUUCUUCAAAUCAUACAGAAAUUAUAGCCAUCUAUGAAGCAAGUCGGUAG